AUGCGAUCGCUGCUGUUGGUCAUCCUGUCGACUCUAGUCGUGCUUUCGGCAACGACCGGAGCGAUCUCACUUAACACUCGGAAACUCGCAACGGUCACAGAUUCGAAAUACGUGUCGACGUUCCCGAUUCGCUCGCUAUUGGCUGGACAUAACGUCAUAAAAAAGAGAAGCUUACGGAGCGAUGACAGCAACGCAAUCAUGGAAAAGCUCGGCAAUGAUGCUGAAGAAAGGGCCCUCACUGUUUCAAAGCUUCUGGACAAGCUAGAAAAGUUUAUCUAUGGAUUUAGGGUCGGAUUCUCUCCGAAGACUCAGUCACCGCGCAAGGAGGAGAAACUGUUUUCUGAGCUUGUCGAACUCGGUAAGACGCCGAAAAACAUCAAAUCCGAGAAGCUGGAUAAGAAGGGCAUUAUUGCUGACAGGUUCAUAGCUUGGUACGGAAAACUUAUGGGGUGGACUAGGUGA